UCAGUGGGAGGUCGUCUCUUGCUGCGACAGGACAACAUACCUAGAAGACAGCGAGGAGUUGUAGAGCGGACUAGCAGAACGGGAAGCAUUCUAGUCUUUACACGGUAGCUCAACAACCCGGCAGUUCAGCCGUGUAAUAUCGCUAGUUACCACGAUGCUGACCCAAGUUCUCCUUGCGGGUCUUAUCCCCGCCCUCAUGGCCAAACCCAUCGCUUUGCAAGAUGGGCCUGCUGUGAUGCAGCGAGGCAAUGAAGUUGACGAUACCCUGUCAUUCGAUCCUGCGUUGGCGGCUCACCACUUCGUUCGGGACGUGGCCGCCUACCCUACUCCUAAGCCCGUCUACCACGCCAGCGAGCCCCCCAAGCCGCAUUAUCCUGCCAGCGAUCCACCCAAGGAGGUCAAGGUCCAGGAGAAGGAGGAUGACAAGCACCACAAGCACAAGGAUCAUGACAAGCACAAGGACAAGCACCACGACGAGCAUAAGGACAAGCACCAUGACAAGCAUAAAGAUAAGCACCACGACAAGGCUCGUGAUGUACAGACAGACAAGCAUCACGACAAGUCUAAGAAUAAGCAUGAGAAGUCAAAGGACAAGCAUGAUAAACAUGACAAGCAUGAGAAGCCCAAGUAUGAGGAUGAGAAGCCCAAGGAAAAGCAUCCAAAGAAGCUCGAAGACAAAUACUCUGUGGAACCUCAAGAAAAGUACCACAAGAACCCUCGGGAUACUCAGAAGGACAAGCAUCACGACAAGCAUGACAAGCACGACAAGCAUGACAAGCACCACGACAAGCACAAGGAUAAGCACCACGACGAACCCAAGGAGAAGCAUACCGAGAGUAAAGAACCGUACCCUCAAGCGGCCGGCCACCCGCAGAAAUCUGCCAGCAGGCCUGGCUAUGUUCACGCGGUAGAUGUUGCCAACAAGCGAUGGGAGACAGCCACUACUUCCUCCAAGCACUCUGCCACCGCCACCUCUACUGCCGCUUCCUUCUCCAAGUCCGGUGCUGUCAAGUCGCCUACCUCUUCCUCGGCAGCUCAGCCCUCGGGCCAGGCUGAUUGUGACUGCGCAGCCCAAUGUGAAGAAGUGAGCGGCAAGGCCCAGGCAAUAGCAUGUUUCAAGUCGUGCAUCGAGUCCUGCGGUGCCACCAAGACCAACACGGACAAGAAGAACCCCCUUGACGACCUGCUCAAAGGUCUUCUCCACGGCAAGCGUCAGCUUCCGGCCGGCCUCGGCAACGGCCAGCGCCCUCCCCCGCCGAUCCCUAAGCCCGAGGUAUCCAUGUGUGUCAAGGACUGCAACCUCUAUUGCAAAGGCGCCGUCAACCCCACGGAGGUGCAGAACUGCGCCGAUAUGUGCGUGAACACGUGCGUGGGCGAGAACGACGUUGAGCACGGCGUCAAGGGCCACCACAGCGGCGUGUCACGGUUUGGCAGUGACAACGACAAUGGCAACGGCAAUAGCGGCAACAGCAACAACAACAACAAUGACAACAACAACAACAACCACAGCCAUCUCCAAGGCCUCCAUAGCCUCCUCACUGGGCGUAACCCGGCCGGACCCCUGGAGCCGCUACCACGUCUAGGCUCGUCGUCGGCCGGGUUCGAGCACUCGGAGGCGUUCGCGUCGUGCGUGAAGGCGUGCAGCUCAGACUGCCAGAAGAUCGAGCUGGGGGGGCAGCCGAUCGGGCAGUGUCACGAGGCGGCGUGCGAGGAGAAGUGCGCGGCGUCGGACGAGCACGGGGCGGCGCACGCGUCGCGGCCGCAGGCCGCGCCCGCCGGCCACCCGGGCCCGCUCGCGCCCUUCGACGCCCACGGCCGCGUCCACGCCCCGCCGCUCAACCACCUCCAGCACGGCCCCGCCGCCGGCGCCCACGGCGGCGAGAGCUUCGAGGCCUGCGUCCGCACCUGCUCCGCCACCAACUGCCAGAGCGCCGCCAUCGGCCUCAAGGUCGAGCAGUGCGAUAGCUCGUGCAAGGACGCCUGCGCCGAGCACAAGGAGGGCGGCGCUGCCUUCGUCCACUAGACCCGCCACCGCUCUUACCCUUCACCCGCCAUCCCCUUGCCCUUACUCGUCUGACGAUGGGCCAUAUACGCCUCCCCCGUUGCCUCGCUACCUUUCGCGGUCCUCCUUCUCCCCACAGGGGCCUGUUUUACUUGUUCCAAUGGCAUCCGUACGCCGACUGGGUAAUACCGUACGACUAGUGGACCUAAUAGUUUACCCUUCCACUCUCCUUCUACAGUGUUUCUACUAUUACUCGGUCUCUCGCACUAUUGACGAGUACGCGAUGUAUGAGUGCUUUACGACAUGUGCCACCGCCCUCCCAUUU